GGGUUGAUAUAAAGCGUUUGCAUCGGUACUGUUUGCAGUUAAUUCAUCUUGGUUUCUCAUAGUCACACACUCACUCUCAUCAACAUGCGUCCCCUGCUUUGCAGUGCACUUGCCCUACUGGCCAUUGCCACGGUCUGUAAUGCUGCCUGCUACUUCAAGGAAGUGGCCCACACAGACAGUAAUCCUCCCAAAGGUUGCCAGGAUGAGGAUGGAAAAAUGCAUGAGUUUGGAUCCUCGUGGGUAAAGGACUGCAUGGACUGUUCCUGUUCCAAGGAAGCCAUGAGCUGCUGCGAUAAGAUUCCUUCCUCUGUGGAUCUUCCCCCAGAGUGUGAGAUGAUUGUUGAUAAAGAGAAGUGCACGGCCAAAAUUGUGUUAAAGGCAGACAAAACCAAGGAAUGUGUUCCAGUGUAAAUGCACACUUCAGUUCCAACUGUAAACACUGAAUGACAUAUCAGACAUUUAAUAUGCUGGUACAAUUUUUCUUUGUCCUUAUUGAAAAACAAUUGAGAAUGGGCCAUUAAUAAACUUAAUGCAUGAUAUCCAGUUAA